CCCUUUUACCUUUUUCACUCUCCCUCUCAACGCAUUAAUUACUCCACAUUGCCCUUAUUCCAUUUUAUUCUCCAUAAAUACCCCCACCCCACCCCACCCCAACACACACACACACUCUCUCUACACUCCACACACACACUCUCUCUCUCUCUCUCUCUCUCUCCGUGUCUCUGUGCACUGUGUGAGAUUGAGAAAUGGCCCUAGUGAUCCUCCCCUGGUUUUUCACUCUGCUCUUCUUCCCCGCACUCUUCGUCCCUGCGGACGCCCGCAUACCGGGGGUCUACUCCGCCGGGCCGUGGCAGAGCGCGCAUGCGACCUUCUACGGCGGAAGCGACGCCUCCGGAACUAUGGGGGGUGCGUGUGGGUACGGGAACCUGUACAGCGAGGGGUACGGGGUGGAGACGGCGGCGCUGAGCACGGCGCUGUUCAACUCGGGGGAGAGCUGCGGGGCGUGCUUCGAGAUUCGGUGCGCGGGGGAUCCCGGCUGGUGCCUGCCGGGCUCGGCCUCCAUCAACCCCCCCCGCCCCCACUUCGACCUCGCCAUGCCCAUGUUCCUCAAGAUCGCCCAGUACCGCGCCGGCAUCGUCCCCGUUUCCUACCGCAGGGUGCCGUGCAAGAAAUCCGGGGGGAUCCGGUUCACGAUCAACGGGUUCAAGUACUUCAACCUGGUGCUGAUCACGAACGUUGCCGGGGCCGGCGACAUCGUGCGCGCCAGCGUGAAGGGCUCGCAGACCGGGUGGAUGCCGAUGAGCCGGAACUGGGGCCAGAACUGGCAGUCCAACACCGUCCUCGUCGGGCAGUCCCUCUCCUUCCGCGUCACCGCCAGCGACCGCCGCACCUCCACCUCCUGGAACGUCGCCCCCGCCGACUGGCAGUUCGGCCAGACCUUCUCCGGAAAGAAUUUCCGCAUCUGAAAAAUUAAAGACAUGCUUCGGAGGUUUACUUAUAAAGUACAAUUGAUGAGUCAGAUUUAUUUAGCAGCGUUAAAUAGUAAGCUAUUAAUGGUUGUGAAAAGAGCGGGGUGUUUUUGAAAAUGUUCCCGCCCUUUUCGAGUCGUUUUGGGUGGCCACCAUUCGCGCCAGUUUUUUUCUGUUGCGUGGAUGGAUGGAUGGAUGGAUGGUGGUGGUGUGGUAUCCAGUGGGAGCGGAGUGUGCUCUUUUUGGGUAGUCGUGAAAAGUAAAAGGAGGGGGUUUGUAGAAGUGGUGGUGGCUAUUUUUGUUUUUGACUAGGGAUAGUGGUGGUGAUGUGUUGUUAUAGAUUAGUGUGUGGGGGACAUUGUAGGGUGCGUGUGUGUGUGUAAAAGCAGGGGCUGAAGUGGCUGCAGAACUCGAAGAGAAGGGAGUGUGGCCCGCAGCUGCUUGCUUGUCUUUUCUUUUUUCUUCUGUGUUCUUCUGUGGUGUCUCCUUGGAAAGAACCUUACAGUGUUAUGCUAUAAUAUGAAGCAGUUGUUUGA